UUCAUGACGAAAUUAUGACAUACGUGCUGAUUUGUAAUUUGCAAUGGCGUCAGUGUUUAGUGGAGCGCUUCGACUGACUGAUUUGGAUGAUUUUAUCACACCUUCUCAGGAAUGUAUCAAGCCAGUUCAGGUGGAGAGACUACCCGGCCUUUCUGGACCAAUCAAAGUCCAGUCUGAUGGAAGCUAUGUUCAGAUCGGCAUUGACGGACAGGAAACACAAUUAAAGAAAGCCCAGAUUACAUUAAAUGAUUGUCUGGCAUGCAGUGGAUGUAUCACAUCAGCAGAGAGCGUCCUCAUCACACAACAGAGCCAGGAGGAACUCCUGAGGAUUCUUGAAGAAAACAAUCAACUUCCAGAGGGUGACGAAGGGAAGAAAUUGAUUAUAGUUUCGGUGUCUCCUCAGUCCAGAGCUUCCCUGGCAGCUAGGUAUCAUUUCUCAAUCCAAGAGACGGCCAAGAGGUUAACUGGGUACUUUAAGUCAUUAGGAGUGCAUCAUGUAUUCGAUGAGACAUUUGCGAGAGACUUCAGUCUUCUUCAGAGUCAGAAGGAGUUUAUGAGUCGCUUCAGGAGACAAGAGUCUGAGAAGGGAACUUUGCCGAUGCUGGCGUCUGCUUGCCCAGGUUGGGUCUGCUAUGCAGAGAAGACUCACGGAUCCUACAUCCUGCCUUACAUCAGCAUCACCAAAUCACCUCAGCAGAUCAUGGGCUCCCUCGUUAAGGAAUACUUCUCUGGACAAACCGGUCGCAAGCCAGACCAGAUCUACCACGUCACUGUCAUGCCAUGCUUUGAUAAGAAGCUGGAGGCAUCGAGGGAAGAUUUCUACAGUGACGUGUAUCGGACGAGGGACGUUGAUUGUGUGAUUACAUCAGGAGAAGUUGAAGCGAUGCUAGACAAGGAAGGACUAACACUGACAGACGUGCAGCCACAAGACAUUGAUGUCAUGUUUCCUGUAUCGUCGGAUGGAGAUUUAGUAAAUCAUGUUGGAGGGGGCUCAGGUGGCUAUCUGGAGCAUAUCUUCAGAUAUGCCGCUCGGGAGCUCUUUGAUGUCAGCGUGGAUCAAAUUGAAUACAAGAUGCUGAAGAACAAAGACUUUAAAGAAGCCACCUUAGAGGUCGACGGAGAAGUGAAAUUGAAAUUCGCCCUCGCCUACGGCUUCCGCAACAUCCAAAACCUUGUACAGAAAGUCAAGAGAGGGCGCUCUCCAUACCACUUUGUGGAGGUCAUGGCUUGCCCCGCAGGAUGUCUUAAUGGUGGAGGACAGAUCCGACCUCAAGACAACGAACAACCCAAGGAGCUACUGACUAGGGUCGAGACGCUCUACAACUCCCUCAACACCAGAAAACCCGAGGAGAAUCACAUGACUGAAAGACUGUAUUCUGAUUGGCUGGGAGGUGCUGAAACCGAGAAAGCAAAAGCGAUGUUGGACACCGAGUAUCACCCUGUGGAGAAGAUGAAUAAUGCUCUGACAAUCAAAUGGUGAUGUGUCCACCAAUCAGAGGAAGAGGUCAAUCUGGGGUCAAUAUGAGGGAAAACCAAAGUAGUGUGGUGGACAUGUGGAUUCCACUGAGCUUAAAUAGACCAAUCAGAUAAGCUCACUUUAAUGCAUCAACCAAUCACAACAGUGAACACAAGUCGUGGCUGAGCGAUUUAGUUCACCGGACCCAAGCUCUGGUGUUGUCAGCAGGAGAGUGUGGGUUUGAAUCCUGGUCAUGACACUUGUACCAAGGCACUAAACCAUUAUUGCUUCACAAACAGUUUGGAGGCUCCCACUGGAUGAUACCCAAGCCAGCAUCCUAAUGGACUAUGAAGGGGGUAACCCACCCGGUUUCAUACAGCCCAGGAGUAGGUGUCAAUAUGCCUCUGGUGGCAGUUGAGUCAGUGAGGUGUAACCCUCAUCUUGAAUUGGCUGUCCAGCGUUGUCAUGGUGAUUUCUCAAUAAACAAAAUAACUUGAGAUGUUGACAAAAAAAAAGGUUUCUGCUAUUUCAAUUGCUGCAAUGUGUCUUGUGUGUGGGGCUGGAUAGCACAAGGUGAACGUCUCAUACGCACAACCUAUGAGGGCGCUGUUAAUAUACAGUUGCCAUUGUGGGUUGGACUUAACAGAUUGAUCGUUGGUAUUUGUACACAGUCAUAUUUUAAUACACUAUCUUGAGGUCUAUGCAAUUAUGAACGGGUUGUAAGAACUAUCCUCUUGGUGUAAAACAUUUAAAGGAACACGUUGCCUUGGAUCGGUCGAGUUGGUCUUCGAAAAGCGUUUGUAACCGUUUGUUAAAA